CAGGGGCUGCAGAAGCGCCGCUUGACGGCAGUGUGUGCAACGACACUCCCAAGUACGGGGUUCUUUGAUUUAUCUGCAAAACUGUGACCGGCACAUUGCUUCCAUCUCCACAGCCUUCUUUUGGCUACUGAGUCAUGGUCAUGGAAACUCCGACCGCUCUUCACAUAGGGCGGGAGUUUGUCCGACAGUAUUACACGGUGCUCAAUAAGACUCCCCUACAUUUGCACCGGUUCUACAGUCAGGACUCCUCCUUUGUGCAUGGGGGCCCUGAAAAACAGGAGUGUGUGAUGGGUCAACAUGACAUCCAUCAACGCAUCAUGCAGCUCAAUUUCCGCGACUGUCAUGCGAAGAUCAAGCAAGUGGACUCACUCACUACUUUAGGCGAAGGUGUUGUCAUUCAGGUGACAGGUGAGCUGUCGAAUGCUGGCCAGCCGAUGCGCCGCUUUAUGCAGACAUUUGUUCUGGCACCCCAGCAGCCUCUGAAGUACUACGUGCGCAAUGACAUCUUCCGUUACCAAGAUGAGGUAUUCACAGAGGAGGAGGAAGAGGAAGAAGGCAGUACGGCUGCUGAGCAAGCUCAGGAAGAGGUUCCCGAGCCCCUAAUGGCGCAUCAUCAAGCUGCGCACACGGAAGUGGUCCAGCACACUGCAGAUGCCACAACCCCUUUGGUGAAUGAAGCACCCCUGCCACCUCGGGGAGAGCAGCUGGGCAACGGUGGUAGCAGUCCACCUUCCAACAGCGUGGCCCAAACUCCUGGUCGGCCUGCUUAUUUUGAUUCUCAGGUCAUGCGAAAUGGGACGGCACAUCUAGUCCCAGAAGGUGAGAUUUCUUCACAAGCAUCCUUGACAAGCGGCAGCCCUCCAGAAGCACCUUCAUCAGCAGCCACUGUUGCUACCAGUAAUUCAAUGAACUGGAAAGACGAUGAAUCCCCUGCACCACCUGCUGCACCGCAGGUCAAUCAUCAGGCACUUCCGGAGACAAAGACUUACGCCAACAUGGUGAGCAAGAACUCUGCACCGAUCUCGUCAGCUGGAUUUACGUCACCAAGUCCUGCGGCACCUUUUGGUGGUGCUCCUACCAGUGGAACAGGACACGUUCCUGCAUCUACAGGGCACCCUGGAGGGCGAUUUGGAGGUGAGCCCCUGUCUGGGGGCUUGCCACCAAGGCCAGACCAACGCGGAGGUCCACGGCCUCAGCAGCAAACGCGGGCACCGCGCUCCACACUGCCACCGCCCACUAAGCGGGCAGAGAGUGGCCGGAAUGAAAGUGUACUUGGCAGUGAUGAUGGGACUGCGCCACCACCCCUCCGGUCUAGUGCCAAGCCCCAGUAUCCUGACAACCAACAGGUGUUUGUGGGAAACCUGCCGCACUCUGUCACUGAGGAGCAAGUGCGAAAACGCUUUGAGGAGUUUGGCCAUGUGCUUGAGUUCAGGAUGAACUCGAGGUCGACAAGCAAGAUGACAGCUGGUGGCAAAGCUGUACCUAACUGCGGCUUCGUCAUCUUUGAGAGCUGUGAGGCUGUCGAGACAGUACUACAUAAUGCGCCCAUCUUCAUUAAUGAGACUCGUGUGAAUGUUGAAGAGAAGAAGACCAAGCAGAAGCUUGCCACAGAAGGACGAGGGGGCAGCUUUACAUCAGGCAGCCCUCGCAGUGGAGGAACAGGAGGGAUGAUGCCAAGAGGAGGACCCCCUGGAGGGCGUGCUAAUGGGGCUGGUGGGCGUGGCGGCGCCUUCUCGAGAGGUGGCGGCCGUAACGCUACUGGUGGUGGCGUUGGCAUCAGGCACAACUAGACCUACUGCAGCUUAUGUGCUGACCCCACCGAGCAGCAGUCCCUGUACCCGUGGCACCUUCCUGCUCUCGUUGGACUGUCCCGUGACCGACUCUGCAUCUGCACUCCUCUUCACUCCACUGCCCUAUCACCUUGUUACUACUCGCCCCCUCACCCCUCCGAGACAUCCCCCGUUUUUUUCCCCCCUUGUUACUCAGCUUUUCAUUGUCAGCAUUUAUUUACAUGUUGUUCAGUCCUUUUUUUCCUCCCUUUUUGUGAGGUAGUCUUGCUAGCUCUACACCAUGUGACACUUGCUCUUACUGUGGCAAGUGUGCUCGCCUGCAAGCACUUUGGCCUCUUUCUGCCUCAACUGAUGGUAUUUUUGUUGCUUGUCAUUUCACAUUAUUCAUCUGUAGGCUGCCUCCAAGACCAAAAAUGUAGCCACUUCUUCGUCUCUCGAUUGGCUCCUGCAAUUCAUAGGGUGUUUAUUUCAAGGUGAAGGGUUGUGGUGGGAGUAGUGGUGGAAGGGAAGAGAUGCCAGGGACAAGCCUAGCUGCUGCAGGACGGUGCUGGGAAAAGGGAGCUCCAAAUGAAAAUGGAAGCAUUACUCCUUGCCCAUGUAGACACAGAACACGCAGACCGUGAUGAAACUCAAACCCUGCAUCUGACUUGGCUGAGCCAAGGAAGAUUUGAGGAAACGCAGGCUGCAUGCCCAUGCAAAUUAUGCAUACUAGGCUGUGCCACUGAUUCACAGCCAAGGAAGGGUGAACUUUGGAAAUGGAAGCUUUUUUUGCCGGUCAUCAUUCAUUUAUACAACACACUGCUGUUACUUUUUGUUAGGUUUUUGUAUGUAUGUUUGUGGCUCGUGUACGAUGUCCUUUUGUAAGGAAAGUAGAAAUACCAAAAAAAAAAGAGUGAAAGAAAAAAACAAAGAGAAAAAAAGUGUUGAAUGAGUAAAGAGUGAUCAGCCUACACCUCCUCCUCUUCUUCCAUGCCCCCUGCCUUUUUUCUCCUUCCUCUCGCCCCCUUAGGAACUUAUUUAAUUUUGUGGCCUCCUGUACAUAAAUGAAUGGUUGCAAACCUAUAGGCCCCCACUUCUUUGCUUUCUUUUACAAUUUUAAAGGAAUUAGAGGUGGAGGAGUGGUAUUCAGAUUGACACUGGUUCUUAGCGGCUUUCGUGGGAAAGAACCUUCAGCCUCCUCUCUGUCCCCUUCCCCUCAGUGUAGUGAGGUUCCCUCUGCAUAGUCAACUGCUCCCCCUGCACAGUGAAGUCACUUUCAUUGUUCUGAACACUGAAGCAGUGACUUAAUUUUUAUUUAGGUGGAAGUAUCCCCGAGUGUGUUUUUUUUCUUUAAUUUGGCCUCAUUUGGCCAAUGCUGAAGGUGUGUAACCGUAUGCCACCCUUCUGCAAUGAUGUAAAUACUGUGGGGUAUGCUUCAUGGACUGCCAUGUGUGCACAGUCUGGUUCUGUUUGAAACUACCAGUCUUUGGGGUUUUUUUUUUAAUUUUUCCCCCUCUGUUGCGGUUCAAUAUGUCUCGAUCACAGUUUCUGCCUGACCAACCAAUUCUUUGCUGUUACAGUUGAAUUUUUUUCUCUCCUUGCAAUUCAUCGUCAUUUGCUGUUUUUAUAUAAAGAUGAAAUCAUUAACCCAUAGCCGUAACUUAAAGAAGGCCCAUCUAGUGCAAAAAAGAUGAAGACAAAUAAAAAGAUGAAGCAAGGUAUCACUUUGGACCUUGUUGCUUGAUGCAUUGUG